AUGCAUUCCAAUUUACUUCGACUUUUCGUUAUAUUUGCAUUAUCAUUUUCUAUUCAUACGGUCUCAGCAUAUUCUAGACAUCGUCAUACUUUUUUUUUUGACGAAGACGUAUUAUCUUCACUUACAGAAGAAACUAUUCAGAAUUUGGAACCGAGAAAAAUUCGCGUGAAAAAUUUUACCGGUGCUCGAGAAUGGAAGGUCUUGGCACCACUCGAUGAUUUUAUCGAGGUGGUAUUAAUUGCUUUAUCAAUUGAAUUAAAUUUUAAACUUUUUUUUCAACGUGAGCCUAUAAAUCUUGCUAACGUACUAGGCUGGAAAGUACGUGUCCAGAUCGCGUCUGGAGGCCAGGGCCUAUCGCACCCUUUUAAUGUUGCACCGACUUCUGGUAUUCAUAUUGGAAUAUCUUUUGACAACGAAACUUUUUCUCACAGGUUAAAUUUUAGAGAGGUAGAAUGUUUAACUAUAUGUAAAUAUCUCGACGUAUUAUUUGGCAAUUUUAUUUGCGAUAGUGGACAACCUCUACAAAAAAUGGUUGGAAGGAAUGCAUACUUUAAAGAAUAUAAUAGACCUUCAAUCUUAGAUUUUGAUUUGAGAUUUGAUGAAGAGACGAAUCAAAUCAUCACUGAUUUGAGGGUGGUAUGGAAUUGUAAAAAUCAAGAUAUAUAUAUUAUUAAAGAAAAUGAACAAGAUAAAGUAGAAUUGGGUGUUUUUGGACAAAAACUUGAUUCUGAGACAUUCCUUGGAGAAAAGAUUAUAAUAGAUAAAGAUGAUAAUAAUUCAGUUCCAACAAUGAUAACCGCCUCACAUCAGGCUCUUUCAUCAAAUUUGUUUUAUUUCAAUUCAAGUGUGACACCAGCUCAAGGCUUUCAUCACUCAUUCAAGACGUCGAUAACCUUGUCUGCCUCAGAACCCAAUUGUGAAUUUUAUAUCCUUCACAUAUUUCCUAAUUCUUUUUUAGUUGAUACCUAUCAAAUUAAUGAGCUUUUUUCUGAUAGUCUUGUACAAAUUUUUGGAGAAACAGAUUUGGAAAAUCCUGUUGGAGUUACCUCACUAAAAUGGGGUAGCGUGGUUUUAGCUAAAGAACACAUUUUAAGACAAGAUAAUGUAUUUGAGUUCAGUCUACCAUUUCGUAUGCGAUAUCAACCAGCAAACUCUGAAGGUUCGCAAACAAGUCAUGUUGUCGUUUCGGCUCCAUGGCCCUUAGUUGUAUAUGCAUGCGAAGACAUGGUCGAAAACGGACAAGUUCCGUUAUUUGCACCAACGCCACUUCCGUUAUCUCUUCUAUUUCCACCAACUACAAAACUUAAAUACAUUCUCCCGAAAAAAGAAUUUAUUCAACAGAACAUUUGUCCUAGCGAAACUGUUAGGGUACCUGUUGGGCAGUUAGACCACUUAAAAUUUACUGAACGUUGGUCAAUAUUUUUCGCUUUGAUAGGAUGUGCUUGGGUAAUAUGGACUAUAAAAAGAAUGCAAAUUCGCUAUUCGGAUAUUGUUAAAAACGAACAAUUAUCAUCAUUGUUGCAUUCAUGA